AUGUUACAUGAAAAACCGAUAAGGAUCAAAGACGUUGAUGCAGCAGCCUGGAGAUGUCCACGAUCCGGUACAUUUGCGUGCAAUCCAGUCCUCCUCAGCAAACGCAUACAGUCGGGCAAAGUGCUGGGACAAACUGUGAUAAUGCGAUCAGAUCACACAUCGAAAGGCAUCCGGGAAAGUGAGGCGAGUGCGCAGGUGGAACAUUUUUGGACGUUAUGGUCCAACGCUAGGCACGUCUUUGCGCUUCUGACAACACCGGUGAAGCUCCUAAUCCCGGCCGAGAUACAGUGUCAUAAACAGUCUUUGGGGUGGUAUCCGGAGCACAGUCCAAGCGACAUCGGAAUGACACUCAUCUGUUGUCACCGGAAAUGUGUACCAGUCAUUGACAAAGCAGCGACGCGCUACCAAAAGGCCCUUACGAUCAACUCUAGGACGCCCCAAAAUAAGUUGGGAGGUCAUGUCACGAAGCCCAAAACAUUCGGACAGAAAAAUGGAAAAUCAGUCGAUCUCGUCCGGGUGACUGACAUCCCACAGUGCCAGCCAACGUCCUCGCUGACUUCAUGCACCAAAAACAUUCGGACUGUGACAUGGCAUCGUAUCAUUUUAUUUCGUCUGCAUGGCGACACGGCUCCCCUGCCUAUUUUUGGGGUUCCUUCGACUCUAUGCCAAAGAUCCCUCCCAAAGCCUCGCACCUCAACAAUUCCCAUCCGAAUCCAAUCAUCGCACCCUAACCCAGGCUUGCCUUCGCAAUAUUUCGCUAUCGUCGUGAAGACUUUGGGCCGGCCUUCAUUUUCUGAAAAUCUAUGGUUUCAUCACUACAGCACAGCAUUUAAACCUCAUGAUGCAGAAGCGUCCGGUCCUUACGGUGCCGCUACCGCCGACUUGAAGGGCCCCCUUUUGAGGUACGUCAUGUGGAGAGCUGCUGUCGCUUCGCGUUAUCAAAACUUCACUGUAUUUGCCGAAAGUGCUCUUCGGCUAAGUGGCAUCCUGGAUUUCAGUUCAGCUUGGAUUCAAGGCAGAUCGAACUGGAAAAUAUCACGCGCUUUCCUUCACGCUAACGUCAAACGGCAGGCUGCAGCUGUGCGAUGUCAACAUACCAGCCUAGAGCAACUUCUCGCGUAA